GGAGCCAAUCGCCGCUUCCGCCCUCUGACUCGGAAGCAGAAUCGACGCGAGCCACGGCAUCCUUCUACCGAGAUCAGCUUGCUUCUGACCGCUUCUCGGCGGUCUCCGUUUCAUGACCUUGUCCAGUAGAAGGCUGUUUUAUUUUUACAACUGCUCAACCUUUGACAUACAAGAUGAAGCAAGAUGCCACAAGAAGUGCUACCUACACUGUGAAUUGUGAAGAUUAUGUGCAUGUGGUAGAAUUUAAUCCCUUUGAGAGUGGGGAUUCAGGAAACCUAAUUGCCUAUGGUGGCAAUAAUUACGUGGUCAUUGGCAUGUGUACAUUUCAGGAAGAAGAAGCAGACAUUGAAGGAAUUCAGUAUAAAACAUUACGAACAUUUCACCACGGAGUCAGGGUCGAUGGCAUAGCUUGGAGCCCCGAGACUAGACUUGAUUCAUUGCCCCCAGUAAUCAAAUUUUGUACUUCAGCUGCUGAUAUGAAAAUUAGAUUGUUUACUUCAGAUCUUCAAGAUAAAAAUGAAUACAAGGUUUUAGAGGGCCACUCAGAUUUCAUUAAUGAUUUGGUGUUUGAUCCCAAAGAAGGCCAAGAAAUUGCAAGUGUGAGUGAUGAUCAUACCUGCAGGAUUUGGAACUUGGAAGGACUACAGACAUCUCAUUUUGUUCUUCAUUCCCCUGGAAUGAGUGUGUGUUGGCAUCCCGAGGAAACUUUUAAGCUGAUGGUUGCAGAGAAGAAUGGAACAAUACGAUUUUAUGAUCUUUUGGCCCAACAGGCUAUUUUAUCUCUUGAAUCAGAACAGAUGCCAUUAAUGUCAGCACACUGGUGCUUAAAAAACACCUUCAAAGUUGGAGCUGUUGCAGGGAAUGAUUGGUUAAUUUGGGAUAUUACUCGGUCCAGUUACCCUCAAGAAAAGAGACCUGUCCACAUGGAUCGAGCCUGCUUAUUCAAGUGGUCCACAAUUAAUGAAAACUUGUUUGCAACCACUGGUUAUCCUGGCAAAAUGGCAAGCCAGUUUCAAAUCCAUCAUUUAGGACACCCUCAGCCCAUCCUCAUUGGUUCUGUUCCAGUUGGAUCUGGCCUUUCCUGGCAUAGAACUCUCCCACUAUGUGCAAUUGGAGGAGACCACAAGCUGUUGUUUUGGGUGACUGAAAUGUAAAAUAAAUUUUCUGGAUACCUUAGAUCCAUAAACUUUGUAUUUUUAGUACAUAUUUGGUAGAAUUCCUUAUUUUUAUAUUAAAUAUACUGUAAGCUCUAGAAAUGUCCCAUUUGUUUUUGUUAAAUAAAAGAUUGAUGGUUUGAAAAAUUA